AAAACACGCACCGUCUCACUGACGUAUGACGUCACUAAGUCAUCCUGCGACGAGGGAUCGGUUCCGGGCCGAGAAGUCGAUGGUUUUGCCGUGUUUGGGACCGAACACUGAAUCAAUAAUCCUCCCGUUUUGCCGCCGCCUGGUGCACUUAGUUUCACUUUAAAAAAUAUUUUGUGUAUAAAUAUAAUAUAUUUUAUUGAAGAGACUUUCUUUUGACACACUUCUAUAGCUACACACACGCGUAUUUAUAAACACCGUCCCACAUAUACACAUACGUAUAUAUACAUAUAUAUAAUCCUUUUUUUAUUUGUCCAUAUACAUGUUUCAUCUUUUUGCUGUAGACGGAACGAUCGCAUGUGACGAAUCAUCUGUUUCUUUCGAUCGCAUGCAUCUCCAUAAUACACAUCUCGAAUCCACACACACACACACACACACACAUGAAAUAUAAAAGACGGAGAUAAAGCAUGUUUAUAUGUCACGUUUAGAAGGAAUUAUGAUGGCGGCGGCGGCGGUGGUGGUGGUGGUGGUGGUGUAUGAGAAAGGAUACCUUGAGACCCUGGACGACAACAAUGUGAUUGGUGCAAGACGAUGUGCUGCAGUGACAGAUAUGCUGCACUGAUUCCUCAAAAGAAUAAUAAUAAUAAUAACAACGGUGGUGGUGCUGAUGGCGAAAGUAGUAGUGGCAGUAGUAGUAGUAGUAGUAAUGUGAUUACAAAUAAGAAGAGGAAGGCGAAAGAGAAUCGAGGAGGAAGAAGAAGUAAAGAAGGAAAUUAUCUCCAUUGGUGAUGUUCGCAGAAACAGCAGCAAGACGAACAUAAACAACUGCAACAGCAGCAGCUGUAAAAUGGACAACAUCAGCAUCUGAAGCAGUUGUAAGAAGAAGAAGAGAAAGAAUAUUUAUUUGCUAAUACCAAUAGCAACAAGAAGGUUGGGUACGAACGGCAAGGAUUUUAUUUGUGGCAACAACCAUUGUGUUUGGCAGUUAAGAUCGGCAUGGAUAACAUUUGUGGGAACAACGACGGUGUUUAAUAACAAUAAGAAGAAGAUAUUGGGAAAAAUUAAGGAGACAAAAGAAAAAAACAGAAUUGCGACCCUUCUUUUCGUAGCAAGGAUUUUAAUUUGUGGUAAGAAAGAACAAAGACACUUUUAACAACAACAGAAAGAGUAUUUGUCAAAACGGAAAGGAAGGAAGAGAUAGGACCACACACACACAUACACACACACGCGCAUGCAGACAAACAGACAGACACAAGUAGUGGAAAUUUUCAAGAACGAAUGUUUUCGAAACAACAGCAGCCAACAAGCAACAGGGAACAAGAAAUAUUUGGAUUUAAUCUCCUGAAAAGUGAAACAACCUGCAACGAGGACAACAAAAUAAUAAUAAUAAUAACUUAUAAGGAAGGAACGUGCCAACCUCUGCCUAAUCGCUCCCACUGCUAGAUGUAGCAACCAAAUUAUCCUCAAAUUUCACAUUUGGAAGAAGAAGAAGAAAAAUAUAGAUUGGAUAAAGUAGUGUUCGAUUAAAUUGUGGUUGAGGAAAAUAAAACGGAAUGAUGAGAGGUGAAUCGGCUUUGACCAUAAAUCUUUUAGGUUGGUGCUGACCAACAUUACUCCUGGGGACAGAGAGGCAGCUCACCGCAAUAUUACUGUCAUAACAAAGGACAAGACAUGCUAUAUAUUGCUGUAUAUGUAUGUGGGUAUAUAAAAUAUAUGUGAUAUUAUAUAUCAGUGUUUGUGUAAUGACGAUAAGACAAUUUAGCAACGGGAUUCUGAGAGUAACUGUUGCUUCUUCAGUCGAACUGAACAUGUUGCUAACGGGGAUUACAUUUUCCCCGCCGCCGCCGCCGCCACGUCUCCUGGUUGCUUUACCAUUUUAUGGCACCGAGAUUCAGACAUGACGCUACAGCAGAGUUCGUCUGGCCAGGCAUGGACAUUCUAUACAGUUCUUCCCAGUACAGCUGUUUACAUGAUUGAUGAGAGCAACUGGCCAUAAUUCGGAACAUUAGCAGAAAAAAACGACUCAGUCUGACAUAACCAACAACACACAAUUUCAUUAAAACAAAACCAUCACACUAUAGUGUGUGUAUAUAUAUAUAUACACACGCGCACAUACAUUCACACCUUAACAAGAAUAAACAUUUGCACAUACAUACACGUAUCUACCUGUCUGUUUACACACAAAACUACAAUAAUACACUGAAUGUAUCAAACACACACACACCGAUAACAGCAUAUUGAUGUAUACAUCCAUUAUUAACGACUCCAACAAUCUAUUUAAUAUUAUACAUACAUACACGAACUAAAUAAACUAUGAAACCAACGGAGGUACCUCUAUAUGGUCACUAGACUCGCUGGAAAUAGCUGUUGAAUUCCCCGUAUAUCACACUCUUACCGACUUAUACUUUCAAGCGAAAAGGAAGGAAAUACUAAAUAAUGUGGCCAUAAAAAAAAAAGGGAUGAUCACGGCUAAAAUGUGUUUUAAAUCAGAACUGAUCUGGUGCUGACCAACAACAACAACACAGCUACAAAGUGCGCCUGUAAAACGAAGGCAAAGCCAAGAACGAUCCUAAGAAACUGAAGAGUAGAAACAAAGACGGCGCGCCUGCAAAGAGAUGGCAGACGGCUACAAGAGACAGUUUUUAUUGAUGGUGCUGUGUACAUCGUUAUGGUUGGAACAGAUGUUGGUAGAGUCUUAUGACGGUCACCAACGAGACGAUGGUCAGCAGCAAGGACAGUAUAGCAAUCAUUAUCAUCACAAUCACAACCAUCAUAAUGAUUAUCACCAUCCUUAUGACGGCAGCGACCUGUCCGUUUGGUUGGAGAAACACAGACUUGCCGAGUACACGGACUUAUUGUCAUCAGCGGGCGUCUCUUCACUUGACCAGUUUGCUACCUUCGAUGAAAAGAAGCAUAAAAGUUUCCAAGUGCUCUCCACACUGGAACUGGGGAAGAUCCGAAGGGCCAUUAACCUGCUGCAAGGUGAGAAACAACUGCAGGAGUGGUUACACACUCGGGGACUCCUUAACUACUUUUCCAGUUUGAAAGCCCUGUCUGUCGAGAAUCUCACCCACCUGAACCAAUUAACAGAUGAACACCUGCGCAUGAUCACGCAACAUGAUCGCAGUCAAAAAGAUUAUUUAACUUUUAAGAAAGCACUUGCUGACCUCAGGUCUAAGGAGAAGAAAGAACUUGGAAGUAUUUACCGUUAUUGGGUUGUUUUCGUUUGGUUGAUGUUCUCAGCUAUUGUGGGCCUUGCUAUGAUGUCAUUGUAUGGAACAGUGACCUGGUUUCAGACCACGCCAAACAGCAAGACAAGAUUUCUGGACUUCUUCAUCGGCAAGUAUCCAGCGCCUCAGUCUUGCAGAGUCAUUUGGGAUUGGACAGAGCCACAGUUUGUUGGCAAAACAAUGACCUUUACUGUGAAGUUUUAUCAAAAAAAUGGUAAACCUUACCCAGUGUCAAAUUACGACAACAUUGUUGUUGAAAUUUUACACCUUGGUGCCAAGGUGACCACAACAAUUGAUUUUGGCAGUGAAGAACCAGAAAAGUCAAAUGAGGCGAGGGUGUCGUUCACAGUUCACCGUUCCGGAGAAUACCUCAUAUCUGUCUUGGUUGGAUUUAUGCAUAUCAAGGGCAGCCCUUUCAAAAAGUCUUUCCAGCCAGGGGCCAUUGAUGCCACAAAGACCAAAUUCAUGAAUUACAGUUCAACAGUGGUAUGCACUGUUGGUACCUCCCACCCCUUAACCAUUGAGACCCGAGAUAUGUUUGGUAAUUUGACCCCUUACAAAGCGGACCACCAAAACUACUUUAAAAUAAGAGUAAGAGAGACUGGCACAAAUUGCCGACAUAAUCCUGUGACACAAAUCUUCUAUGACACAACCAGUAAACGGUUGACCAUGCACAUCUGUAUGGAGAAAGGAGGUAGCUUCCAGGCUGUUGUCACCUACGGAGAUGUCAAGUUGAAGAAUGGUGAAUUCAACAUACUUGUACUGAACUUAAAUGACACAUCAAGAGUGAAGAAAAAUCUUGCUAAGCGAAGUCAUGACAUUUGGUACGAGGCAAGGCUUCUGUCUUGCAAUCAUGAACGCCUGGAGAAACCCAAGAAGCUUUAUGUCUAUAUGUCUCCAAAGCAAUUAACACUGAAAGAAUAUUAUUUCUUCUUAUUCUCAAAAAAGCUUUUUACAUUCCGUGUUUGUCCAUCAACUAAGUUUUACUUCAAUGGCUUCGUCAACCAGUACGAUAACGAGCCUGUCUUCACCAUAGACGAUGGUUCGCAACCCCCUGUUGUCCUAGCGGCCAAAGAACGCAACAUCAUUGCUGCCACUUUUACCAGUUUCUUACUGAAGAACAUCGGAGGAUCCGAGACGUUCCAGGAUAAGCAGAAUUUCUUUAAUCAUGAGAUCCGUCAGCUUCACCACAAACGAGCCCAUGACCGCUUACAAUUCACAACCAACCGGCACAGCAUUUUACAGAGUUCCUACAAAGUCACCAAAAAUUUCGACGUAUCAGAUUGGUGUCGGAAUUUUGAAAUCACAUUCUUUGGAGAAGAAGGUCUGGACUGGGGUGGGCUGAGACGAGAAUGGUUUGAAAUUUUGUGUACGGAACUGUUUGAUCCAAAUGCUUCAGGCCUUUUCAAAAGAUUUGCAGCAGAUGAUUCACAAGGUCUGGUCCACCCCAAUAACAAACGUCUGCUAACACAGAAGCCAAAAUACUAUGAAUUUGCCGGCAAGAUAGUUGCCAAAUGCCUCUAUGAGUCAUCCCUGGGUGGUACCUACAAACAGCUGGUGAAGGCCAAAUUCUCCCGAUCAUUCCUUGCCCAACUCAUUGGUUUACGUGUCAAUUACAAGUAUUUUGAAACUGAUGAUCCAGAACUCUACAAGACCAAAAUUUUAUACAUUGAAGAAAAUGAUGUUUCUGACAUGGAGCUGACAUUCUCUGAAGAGGAAUAUAACGAGGAAACUGGACAGUUAAUAAGGGUUGUCGAUCUCAUUCCAAACGGUUCCAAGACUCUUGUGACCAACAAGAACAAACUCUGGUACCUGGAUCUCCUUGCUGAACAUCGACUUUCGGCAUCGGUGAAAGAGGAAGUGGACAGCUUCCUGCGGGGCCUCAAUGAACUCAUUCCUGACAACCUGUUGAGUAUCUUUGACGAGAAUGAACUUGAGCUAUUAAUGUGUGGCACAGGCAACUACAGUAUAACUGACUUCAGACAACACCACUCUGUAUGUGGCACAUCUCCAGCCUUUGGCAAAGUGCUCGAUUGGUUUUGGACAAUUGUUGCCAGCUUCACUGAAGAACAAAUGGCCAGACUUCUGCAAUUCACCACAGGUUGUUCCCAGUUGCCACCAGGAGGAUUUUCAGAGCUGAACCCCAAGUUUCAAAUCACUGCUGCUCCCACAUUUAACACAUUACCAACUGCACAUACCUGCUUCAACCAGUUGUGUCUACCAGAUUAUGAUUCUAUCGACAAAUUCCACAAAGCCCUAAUGAUAGCAAUUAAUGAAGGCAACCAAGGAUUUGGAAUGGUCUAACAAAUGACAAAGGGAACAGGGUAGGGGAGAGUGCAAGUGUGGGUGGAGGUGGAAGGGAAACGUUUAUAAGAGGAGGAGGAGGGAGAGGAGGCAGUAGAGCAUUGAGUGAAAGUGGCCAAUGUGAUGAGUGAGGGUGGGGGAUGUGGAGUGAAAGUGUUCCAUUUCUUGUGUGUGAGUGUGAGUGAGGGCCACAGUCAGACAUGUUCGAUCCUUUAUUCUCCCUUUUUGUAGAAAAUAAGCUGAGGGCGUGGAGAGAAUGGAAAUUGUGAAACAUGGUGUGGAAGUUUUCAGUUUGUUGAGUGUCAGCGGAAAAGAGUGAAACGAAGGUUUUCAUUGUCCUCAUUUAAUGUCCGUUGUCCAUACUGGCUUGGUUUGGAUGCUUUGAUAAGGGAUUGGCAAGACUGGAGAGCUGCACCAGGCCUCACUUGGCAUGGUUUCUACAGCUGGAUCUCCUUCCUAAUCCCAACCACUUUACAGAGUGUUCGAGGGGCCUUCAAUGGGGAACCAGCAUUGCGGUUUUUAUGUGGCAUUAACAUGGAUCAGUUUUCCAUAGCACCAAAAUCUGAAAAUGGUUUAGAGAAGUUAACAAGAAAUGGGUGCCAAGUCCAGUUGCAUUUCCUUGUAGUUUCCACACAGAAGACUGCCAAUGUUGAAUAUAUUUGUGGAAUAUAUAUAUAUAAUAAUAAUAAUAAUAAUAAUAAUUAGUCAUAAAAAGGAUUAUUACGAAGUAGCAUUAGCAUUGCUUUUAAUUGCUUUAUUUAUAUUUGUGUGUGUAUAUGUAUAUAUAUAUAUAUAUAUAUAUAUAUAAAUAUAAAUAGAAUCAUCCUUAAAUAGACCUACACGUGUUUCGACUGCACCGAUCAGUAAUCAUUGAAAUUGCGACCUUACAAUAACACUGGUGCAGUUUCUUCAGGGUCUUCACUUUAAUAUCUCGUCUCUUGAUGAACACCCUCACUUCUCAUCCAGUAAAAUAGUCUCUCUGUUAGGAUGGCUGAGUUUUAGGCUCUUCUCUUAAAGCGACAUAUUGCUGAAUGAAACACUACAGGGAGUUCAGCCAUAAAUGUUGACAUUGUACAUUUACAACAACAUUACAAGAAUAACAUGUCCUCUCUCUCUCUCUCUUUCUCUCUCUCUCUCUCUUUCUCUCUCUCUCUCUCUCUCUACCUUUUUUUUUCCUUUCCAUCUGGACCAUAAGAUCCAUAAAAGCAGCUGGCACACCAACCUGGUUUUAAUAGUGUUAAAUGGAUGAGAAAUAACUGUUCUGGAUGGACAGUUGCAUGUAGCUCACCUCCCCCAUCUCGUUCAGACUCAUCAGGUAUUCAACUCAACAUGCAACACUUCUGCUGCUGCUGCGGCUACUGCUGCUUACAGCAAUGCAUCUGACUAUCCUUUCAUCAGCUCUUUGCACUUUUGAUAAUUAAGAACUUGGUGGGAGAUGGCAUGGCUGUGUUGGCGGAGUUUGCUUUGCAACUGCAUGGUUUCCAGUUCAGUCCCAUUGCACAGCGCCUGCUGCCAAAAUCACAGACCAACCAAAGCUUUCGGUAGACAGCGGAAGAGGCCAGUUGCAAUGUGUGUGGGUGUGUGUUCAUGGUUCUCGAUUUCGACAUGGUCUGCUGAUUGCAAACAAACGUCAUUGUCAUACGAGCUGU